AUGAAUGCUGAGAGUAUAGUUGGUAACCAGAAAUUCGUACUUAAUUCCGUUGAUGUUGAUACAAUUCCGAUCCAGGUGGAGAUAGUCUAUUCGGAUCGGGAGUCUCUUCUCGGCUGUUUUCAUGUCUUGGCUACUCCGGACGAGUUGAAGUCUGAAAAUCUAGUUCAAGAGCAAUCUUACAACCAUCAGUCGGUUAUGGAACUGAACAUAAUUGCGAAGGAGGAACGAUCCCAGAACUCAUCUGCUCCAAACUAUCCAAAUGGCGCAGCUCCAGCUCAACAGCAUUCCGUGCUCAACAAUCUUGUGUCGAGUCAAAAUUCUGGGUCUUCCGAAGGCAACGCCGUGUCACCACACUCACAAGUAGAGUUACCAGAGGGUUUCACAAGUAAAAGGGACAUUUGCAUUGAUGGGAUUCCUGCUGGAUUCGAGAAAGAGGACCCACAACUGGAUCACUUCAGUCUAGUCGCAGGACGGACUUCAACAAGCCAUACACCAGUUUUCUAUAAUGUUACAACAUCAGAGGUCGAUAGAAGAAUCAAUGGAAUUGAGAAGCUCAACAGUUCCAGUAUCGCGUGCACACUGAAGAAAUCAAAGGUCAGGAACGGCGGAGAGAUUCUACGCAAGAAAUUGGAGGGACGCGGUGUGGAUCUCGUUCUGAACACAAGACAAAACGCGUCUCCCAACUCGAUCAUUUCGUUGACAGAAGCCGAAGCUGUUCAUUUUGGUAAAGACUUGGACGAGGCGAUUGAUAACGGAUAUCCCCAAGCAGAACUGGCUGAAGAGUUUGCUAGAGAGGCGCUGAGCCAAGAAAAUGUCAAGUUGGAAAGUUUGUUGAAUACGGAGGCAUUCAUGGAAUGCAUGUCGUCUCUCAACAACAUUAUCUCAUCAGUCGUUCCACCGUGCACCGGACUCCGCCCAAAGGCUUCAAAUAAUCUCAGCUUGAAUCUCGGAAUGGAGGAAUUCUCUCAAGCGACUCAUGGAAUGGGAAUCAUGACGAAUCAUUUGUGGCUUCGUGAAUUGACGACAUUGGGGACGGAUAUGACGAAAAUGAUGAAAGAGCGAAUGGAAAUGAAGAAAAAAGAUGAUACGAAAUAA